CUCCACCGCCACCUCCUCGGGAGGCUUUGCAGGCUGCGCGUCUGUCGCGGCGCCGCCGUUUGCUCGUCUUUUCCGUCAGUGUGCCGUCCGCCGUCGGUCGAGAACCACGUGUUCCCAGUGGCGUGUUACGUUGCGUCGCGAGGGGGUGGCUGUCGCGCGUCUCUUCGUGCCACUCGCCGGGCGAUAACCCGAGGGAGGGUGAGGAAUAAUCGACGACGGGGGAAAAAAAAACCGCACGUGCGCGACGUGCCGCAGAAUUUUUUUUUCCUCCUCGGGGAUGCCGCGGACGACACGCGCGGUGGGACCUCGUCGAAUUUGACUCGCGCGACUCGCACAUGUCAGAUCCCGCGGAGCGGACGUAAAAUAGAAUUAGGGUAGAAAGGAUAAUAAAUCACGUUUUCUCCUGUGUUCUUGUGUCCUCGUGACGGAGUCGAUCGCAACGGAGAGUCACGUUUCUAUUUUCGAGCACAAGCAUGUUUGUUUCCCUAACGUGCUCGUAAUCUUGUGCGUAAACUGUGCGUAUGUGAUGCGCGAUGCGAAACGGCGUAACGACUUGUCAUGAUGAAGAGAGAUGAAUGAAAAUUGUGGGAGGAUCCUCUGACUCGAGGUGUUUCUCGUUUCCCGAACGAUCUCCGAUCGAUGAAAAAGAAAAAAGAAAACAAACGAUGACAGGGUGAUCGGAUCCAUCGGUUUCUUUCAAUCCUUCCUCGAAUCGAUUCCACCUGGUUCACAAUUAUUGCUGCCCCAGCGUGAUUGCAGGCCUUUGCGUCCUUCUAGGUCGUUACUUGGACCGAUUCCAGGAAAACCCCCAAAUCUGUGGUGAUCCGACGUGAUUGAACAUCUCCGCAGUCCUUCGGUUUUUAUACAUAUUGGGAUAGGUCGCCGUCGACAAGCUCGCUUGUCCGGGGUACGGUGAACCGGAGAGCUGUGUCCGGAGCGAACCUCGAAUGCCGCCCGUAACCUCGGCAGAGAGUUUAUUGUCAACGUUUUAAUAAAUUGUCCUCACAAAUCACGGCGACGAUAAGGGUUUUAUCCGGCGCGGGGAUCGCUCGAUGGUACUUCUAAUCGUGGCCGCGGACACGGAGUGAUCGGACGUAAGAUUGUGUCGAUUUUGUAAUUAGCCCGGACGGAUGAGAGACCCGGCGGCCGAUCGUUAUCGCGAAGGGACAGUGUCGUGCUCCGCAACGCAAACGAUGAAAGUAGAACCUCGUGUGAACGCGAUAGCAUCUGUACAAUGGACAAUUUAGCGUCGUGAAUCUGGAGUACUCGGCUCGAUCGUGACUACGCUCAUAUCAAUCUGAUCUACGUCUCUCGAAAAAUCGAACGUCUCUCCUCGGUGUGGGGAACGUUCUCCGGAUCUUUCCUCUGGCUCCUCUCUUCCUUUCGACAACGACGCGACGAACUGUUUCUCGAAUCGUACCGUAACCGUUGGAGAUUCCCAUUGAUACCAUGGCGAACGGUACGGGUUAUCGGCGAUGGCGGCGCCUGGAUAGAUCGGAAGCGCAAGAGAUUUUCCGCCGUCUCGGAGAUUACCAUCCUCGUGCUGCGCUUUAAUAACGAACAGUGGUGGAACGGGAAGGGAAGGUGGAAGGGAGGAAGAACAGAGAAAGAAAGAAAGAGAGAGGAAGGAGAGAAAAAAAAAAGAGAAGCGGUGCACGACCAGAGAAUGCGCGGUGCUUUAAUUAGUGUUUAAUUAGAGACGAAAAAACAGGGCGCGCAGCAGCAACAGCGCAUGGUACCGGAAGCGCUUUAUUGCCCGUAGAUCGGUAUCACCGCGCGCCGAGGUCAUUCGACGCGGACAACAGGGGAUGCGUUCGGCGACGAGUGGUUAUCUUAAGAUCCUGGAUCAAAAGAAAACGUCUACCGUCGGCUGCCCGUCACAUCGCUACGCGCCCUUCGCGAAUUUCGAGAAGCGCGUUAGAUGCAAGUUGACCAAGUGGUGAUGUUGGUGAUUGCGCCGGCCGAGCGCGCUAAUGAUCGUCGCGCAAGUGCCCGCGAGUGACUCGGUCAGCGAAUUGAAACGAUGACUUAACGCGUGGGUGGCGAACGACGUGAACACAGUCAGCUCGUAGACGAGUUGACUGCAGAUCGGUCUUGUGCGGUCGGAGAGAGAGAGAGAGAGAGAGAGAGUGCGUAUUCCUUGCCACACGACGACGCCGUUGUAACGUCGCGCGCGUAUAAUUUUUUUCCCAUUCCGACGAUUUGCGCGGAAGAAUGAGAGAGAACAUGUGGAGUGUAGUGUUGCUGUUCCUCGGACUAAUGAAGGCUGCCUCACACGUUGCUGGGAGCGGUACCAACGUCGACGAGAAAUCAGUUCCAUUGGUGAACAUCAGCGUGGUUGAAGGAAGGCCUGCCGAAUUGCCGUGCGACAUAACUCCGCCCGGCGAAGACACGCUGCACAUGGUUUUCUGGUUUAAAGACGAAGCCGGAGUGCCGCUGUACACAAUCGACGCGCGAGAAAAGCCGGUAACAAAGGCGCACCACUCGUCAGACUCCGGCGUUUUUGGUCCGCGCGCCUUUUUCCGAACGUCCUUCCCGAGCCCGGCGGUUCUGGUGAUCGACGAUAUAAAGCGGCAUGACGCGGCGACGUACAGAUGUAGGGUGGAUUUUCGGAAGGGCCAGACGCGCAGCUUCCGAUACAACUUGACCGUGAUCGUUCCGCCGGAGCAGCCAACCAUUUUGGAUCGAUGGGGCCGCAUCUUGAACGGCACAGCUGGCCCUUAUGAGGAGGGCGAUACACCCUAUCUCACAUGUCGCGUCACGGGCGGUAAGCCGCAACCGAUGGUUAGAUGGCUCAUAAACGGCCGAGUGAAAGACGAAGAUUCUGAAAAUAAUGCUGGCGAUGUAAUCGAGAAUAGGUUAACGCUGCAGGCCAUCAGCCGUUCUGAUCUCGGCUCGAAUUUUACCUGUGAAGCGCGCAACACCGACCUGGUGAAUCCGAAGGAGACAUCGAUUUCUCUGGACCUCAACUUGAAACCUCUGUCUGUGAUCAUAAGGAGACCGGGUAGAAAAGGAAUCGGCAACGAGUCUCUCUUGGCGGGGAAGCGGUACGACAUGGAGUGCGAGACUACUGGUUCAAGGCCACCCGCAGUGAUAACCUGGUACAAGGGUCGGAGAAGACAGCUGAAGCACACGACGGAGGAAAGAUCCGAGAAUCGAACCGUCAGCACGGUGGAGUUCGAGCCGGGUGUGGAGGAUCAUGGGAAAUCUAUCACCUGCCGAGCAGAGAAUCCAAACGUGACUGGACUCUUCGUCGAGAAGUCCUGGAAGAUCGACGUCGUAUAUCCGCCGAUAGUAUCGUUAAACCUCGGAUCGACCUUAAGCCCAGAGGAUAUUAAAGAAGGGGAUGACGUGUACUUCGAGUGCCACAUUAGAGCCAACCCUCCCUGGUCCAAGCUCGUCUGGAUACACGACAAUCAAAUCCUGGCGCAUAACACGUCGGCGAGGAUCAUCUGGUCGAAUCAGAGCCUCGUCCUGCAAAGUGUGACGAGGAGCAGUGCUGGUCGUUAUGUCUGCGCAGCAACCAACGAUAUGAAUGAGACGCGCAGCGAGCCGCUGCACUUUCGAGUUAAAUUCGCGCCGGUGUGCAAGGAGGACCGAAUUAUAGUGGUCGGCGCGUCGCGGGGCGAGUCUCUCGACAUCGCCUGUAGGGUCGAGGCCGAUCCGCCGGCGCACAAUUUCCGGUGGAAAUUCAACAACAGCGGCGAGACCCUGGAGGUAGCACCUGCUAGGUUCUCCAUGGAGAAGUCGAGCGGCGUCAGUGUGCUGAGAUACACACCGUCCACCGAGCUGGAUUACGGUACCCUCUCGUGCUGGGCGGACAAUCUCGUCGGUACCCAGUCGAGGCCGUGUCUCUUUCAACUGGUAGCAGCCGGGAAACCGUUUCCGGUGCGCAACUGCACCCUGGCGAAUCAGACGUACACCAGCGUGGAGGUGAGAUGCGUGCCAGGGUACGACGGUGGGCUGCCACAAAAAUUCGUCCUGGAGGUUUAUCACGGCGACGUCGACUACCUAGCCAGCAGCCAGCCCCUCUACAACGUCUCCAAUCCGGACGAGCCGUCCUUCGCCCUCGCUGGACUGGAGGCCUCGGUCGAGGCUGGGGUCCACGUGGCGGUUUACGCGGUGAACGCCAAGGGUCGAAGUCAACCCGUCAUCCUCAGCGAAGUCACGUAUCGCGAUGCCGAGAAGCGUACUGGUCAGGACGCCGGCAUCGUGUUGUCGCCGCUGAUAGGCGUGGUGGUCGGCGCCCUGGUGACUCUGGUGCUCAUUAUCCUGGUAGUGGUGGUCAGAGUACGUCGGGAGCGCGUGGCAAAACCGCGGCACGAGAAACCGGCGGAACUCAGCGAGUUACCGCCCCAACAAUACCCCUUGCAGAAUUCUCAGCAGACCGUGGAGACUGAUCCCGACGUGAUCCCGAACAAGUUCGAGGGUAAUCUCGUGGAGGUCAGUCCGCCGAGUUAUCCAGGUGGUUACCCCCCGGGACACUGGGUCACACCCGGACCUACGCCAAGCAUAGACGAGCUCUGCCACAAGUUUACGGGGAGGCCGACGGAGCUGAGGUUACCGUCGAGGAGCACGAUACCGAACCUGCCGGGGAUGCCGGUGACGGGGGUGAUGGUGAGCGCCGGUCAGGGCGUCGUAAUUGGUGGCGCCCAAGGCGUCGUCGUGGGUGGCGGGCAGGGUGUCGUCGUGGCCGGCGAGUGCCUCGACGGUGAGGCGAUCAAACGAAGACUGAUGGCGAACAGGCUGCCGGAGAGCUGCGUCUAGAAGCUCGGUUGGUCCGCAGGUGACAUGGUACCGUUGUCGUCGUCGCCGCCGUCAUCGUCGUCGUCAACCUGACAGCGCCGUUCAAGAAUACCGACUAUCGCGUGCGCCGCGAUCGCAGGCCGGCACGAGAUCCCGGCGAAAGGCGAAACGUGCUCGAGGGCCCUCGUCGCGUAUCCAAGAACGAUUUCGAGAUCCCGCUUCCCGAGGAAGCGUUCACGUUGUCCGUUUUCGUGACAGCCGUCUGUUAGCUUUAACGUGUUUGCUAACGAUCCUCCGGCGCGAUCGUCGACUCCGACGUUCGGCGAAUGAGGGAGAGCAGACUCACUAGCGGGGUAGUAGUUCGAGCGAUCAAUAGGACGCCCAGGGAUACGUUACGCGCCGAGGAUCGACGUUACGUCUCGCGAACAAUUGAUUUCGUUCGAGUCCGAAGGCACCCCGAUUGAGGACGACAGGCGGGAGAGAGAGAGAGCGGGGGAGGGGGGGGGCGAGUUCUCGCACGACGUGACUUCUCGCGGGAUCGUCCGCGAGAUUAAGAGAGACACCCCGUCUGUCGCGAUUGUUUUCGAAACACGAUCGCGAUAGUUUCCCACCCUGGAGGGAAGAGACGGAAGUAUGCGGAGAAGUUAACCGAAAACUCGUCGAAGUUUCCCUGCCCCUCCCCGGGUGGUAUUGCGAAGUUCCAACAUUCUGUUUUCGGUCGUCGACUUAACCGCUUUUGCCCUCUCCCCUCCCCCCCCCCUUUCUUUGUUCCAAACCGGAUGAUCUUCGACGGUAUGUCUUCUUGAAUAUUUCUCCAAGUUCGCCUCUCUUCUUCUAUGGCGGCCGCGGACCAUAAAGAGAGAACGGAAAAUCGAAUCGCGAGUUGCGAGAGAGUUGCUCGGAUUGAACGUCGAAUUUAAAAUACGUCUUCGAGAAGCAUCUCGACGAGAGGGAGACAGAGAGAGCAUUGAAAUCUGGUCCCUCUUACUACACAAUUCCACUUUUGGAAUUUUAUCCCGCAGAAUAAAUUUUUAUCUUACAGAUACACAGUAUAAAAACAAAUUCUAGUUUUUUGCUCUUUUUUUUAUUUCCAGCCAAUUACAUUUAUUUUGCUAUUUAUUUUCCGGCCUCAGGUGAUUUUUCACCGGACGCAUUAAUCUUUCGUUCGUUAUUAUUCUCCUCGUCGUUUUUUGUUGUUUUUUUUUUGUUUUAUAUAUGUAUUUUUUUGCGAAUCCCCGCUAGCAUCUCGCAAUGUCCCUAAAUAAAUUCGAAUCCCACCAACGAGAAACGUUGGUCCGGAAGCAUCAGACCGUGAAACACGAGGAAAGAUAAAAGGCUCUCGAACGAACCCCUUUUCCGAUGGCUCGAAUGAAGACGAAUGGAGGAACCGCGCGAAAAUAUACCGGGGGUAGGGGAGGUGCCGAGAAGAAGUUGGGCGAGAGGAGGAAAAGAACGGAAGGGAGAGGUGUGGAAUGAAAGGAAGAAAGGGAAUGCUCGAUGCCACUUUGGCGUGUAGUUUGAAGGCGUGAAAUGCGGUUUUAAGGUUGAACGAUCAGCUCCGAUAUCGCGAUAAAGCGAGAGAUGGAGGAGGUGAGAGAGGGGUGGGAAACGCGGGCGUUGAUAUCCCGUUUAAAUUCUCCGAAUUCGAUAUUUUUGGGCACAACUUUCGCAUAUCGCCAGCACCGACAACGCCGAACGAACGCGGUCGAUGAUAUUUACGUUCACGCGAUAUUACGGACGUGAGUAACGAUAACGAUAUUAAAAUUUCAAGAAAAUCCCGCCUAGAUGAAAGAAAAGCGCGCUCACGUCGAGCGCGUCUCACACAUAUCGAAUCUCGAGAUCGCGUCGAUCGCGUAGAUUUCACUGCCGUUCAAUUUUUUUACUAUCUCGAGCGAAAACAAUUAAAUUAACGGGCAGCUGAGAAAAAGAGGCAAACGUCCCCCUUGUUCCACCUCGAGGGGGAUGAACCACACCGAGCCGUGUAACGUGCAAAGUGGAAGCGAUUCUUACAAAAACAAGACCAGGCGCACACUACACUCUAUUGAUAUUUGUGAUAGAGCAUUUAUAAAUUUUUCUACUGCUGAUAUGAGUUUUCUGUACUCCCCGCCGAAUAGUAAAGAAAGAAAAAAAGUACUGCCCCUGUGCGAGACUCAACGCUCUCACGUUCAAAGAAGUGUGUUCUCACCGGGGUGUAUGUGUGUGUAUGUACGUACACGUGUGUGUAAAUAUAUACAUAGUUUAACAGGUCCUUUAUCAAAUCGUUAUCAUCGUUAUUCGCGUUCAACUCGCGACGAGAGAAAAAGGGAAAUGGAAUAAAAGAGAAUGAGAGAGAGAGAGAGAGAGAAUGAAUGAAAGUGGGACGCGGCGCGACGUUCCAUGCGUUCUCGCGUGAAGAAAGCUUCACUUUGUAAGGUUUUGCAAAAACUGGUCUUCCACGUGACACUUUGCGACGAAGUCGUGAAACUUCUACGGCGAGAAUGGAACUAACGAAUCGACGAAAAGCGUAUCCUUAAUGGAAACAGUGUAACGCGAACUUUGUCCGUGGAAAAGUUUGCGCUCGCUUCGGAUGAUCGAUAGACUCGUAAUGUGUAAAAAAAAACAGAAAAAAGAAAAUGAGAGAGACAGAGAGAGAGAGAGAGAGAAAACGAGUGUGAUGGACCGAGGAAUGAAUAACGAGUGUCGCGUUGGUAACGCGAAGUAGUCACCCUCCUCGGAAUACGGGAGGCGAGUAACGUUGAAUCAAUCGUCGAGUGUGUGGGUGUGGGUGCAUGUGUGUGUGUGUUUUCGAUGUGUAUAAAGAGAUAAUGGUCAAGUACGAAGGUUGCUCGUUAGUUAAUGUAAUGCUGUAUAUAUUAUCACGGGAGAGUCUAACGAUAGGUUGACGACAAUGUUCAAGUUUUCGAGAGAGGAAGAGACAAGUUCGGCGGAACCGCUUGUCGGGCGCCUCGUUUAACUUUCCGUUCAACUCGCCUGCCCGCGUGCGAAUUACGAAAAUUGUUUUCCCAUCGGCACGUUUCAUGUUUGACACGAAAGUCGCCCGACAACGCGCUCCACAUCGAGAUCUUUCUCUCGCAAAUUCACGCGCCCUCGUGUCGCGUCGCGAUUUUUAGAUCGAAUGCCAGGACUGGAUUUUGGUGUUGCGCAUAUAGGAAGAUAUUUUUCAAAUCCUUUUAUCCUUUUUUUCUUUUUAAUGUGAAUUUUGUUAUUUCUCUAACGCACGAUUGUUCUCCCUUCUCAAGAGAAGAAAAGAGUCCCGUUUUUUUUUAUCUUCUUUCCUAGCCGUCGAUAGUUUUGUAGAUUUCAGUAACAGGAUCCAAAACUUUCCGGUCUACGUAAAUCUUUUUCUUUACCCAUUUUGCGACGAUCCCUUGAGUCUAACAAUCGUUAUCGAAUGAUCGUCGAAGAAUCGACAGCGGUCAAUCGAACGGCACAUAUCUUUCACGUCCAAGAAAAUCCAUUCAAAGUUCAAGGAUGAGCGAUGGUGGUGACGCAUCUUAAAGCGGACCGAGAAAAAAAAGACAGGAAGAGGGAGAAUGUUAGAAUAAGACAAAGUACUAUACUGCUCGUAUUCGUUUUGUAAGAGCGGGGAAUGUCGGGAUAUAUCAAUCUUUUUCGCACACAUACACGCGCGAGGGUCUUAUUUGACGAGCGUGUAAUGUGCUGCGGAGAGGAAUCGCCCCAAAGUAGUAGGUAUCGAAAGUCACGUUCUCGGUCGGCGUGACCCACCACAAUCAAGCGCAAAGGAGGAAAAGAAGAGGCGCGCAAGCGAUCACACAGAAAUAACAGUAGCGAGUAAUGUGACUGUACAUAAUCAGUUGUACGUAACGACGCGAGAGAGUCCAAUAAUGUAAAUCGAUUGGCGGUCGUAAGCCCGAACCUCAAGUUCACUGUAUAGGUGAUUUCAUAUCAGACCCCCUCCCUCCUUGCCUCUCUCUCUCCCUUUCUCCUUGCCCCCUGUUCCCCUGGCCAUCAACCGACCCGAUAUCGUUUAACUAACUCGUAUGUAUAUACUACACCAUGUUUUGAUCUGAAUAAACUGUUUAAUUGUCCGAA